AUGGACAACGCAACUGCGCAACCGGUACCGGGCGAGCUUACAAGUACUAUCACUGCGGAGGAAGGAGCUGCAGACGUGCCGGCUAUAGUGCCUCCAUCAGAUCCCAGCGAAGACUCGGCGUAUCUUUCUCUGUGGGACCGGCUGAAUGCUCUGCUGGAGGCUGAUGGUGCUUCUGCGAGCACGGCACGGCAGCUAUUUCCUCCUCUGUCGUCUUUCCCUCUACCUCAUUCAUCGCGGCCGGUAGAGGAGCCAGAGCGGAGAGAUUCGUGGUUGCCUUUAAACGCGGGCAGCGCUUUUGUUAAUCAUGGGUUUUCGAAUGCAGAUGCGGUGAUGGACGAUGGCGGCGAUCAGCAAGCCGACGCAGCCAUUGAGACAGGCUCGAAUGCGACACCAGUCGUCUCAGACAACCCACUCGAUGCGCCUGAGGGCCCACGACCGGAGGCAGAGGCAGAGGCGGAUGCUGAGGACGAAGAGAUGGCGGAAACUGGGGAUGAUGUGAAGAGAGACUUGCCGGCAGUGGGUGGAGAGACUGCCGAUGGAGCAGCGAAGGAACAGCCAGAGCAAACCAAGGCCGCAAUAGAGACCUCUGCGCGGUCACAUCUCAUCUCGCAGGCCCACGCCAUCAUCCUGCCGAGCUACAGUACAUGGUUCGACAUGCAUCAAAUACACAACAUCGAGAAGAAGUCGUUGCCGGAGUUUUUCAACAGCCGGAAUCGUAGCAAGACGCCUGCUGUAUACAAGGAUUACCGGGACUUCAUGGUCAAUACGUACCGUCUGAACCCGGCAGAGUACUUGACUGUCACCGCGUGCAGGCGCAAUUUGGCUGGAGAUGUUUGCGCGAUAAUGCGUGUCCACGCCUUUCUAGAGCAAUGGGGCUUGAUCAACUACCAGGUCGAUCCGGAUACCAGACCAUCGAACAUCGGCCCACCCUUUACAGGCCACUUCCGCAUAACAGCAGACACCCCUCGAGGCCUGCAACCGCACCAACCCGCCCCUGGCUCCAUCGUCACCCCCGGUAAACCCAACCCGACAACCAGCCGUCUCGCCAGCGCAACCCCACCUACCAAAGCCGAUCUGAAUCUCGAAAUCCGCCGCAACAUCUACGAGUCCAAUGGCAAAGAAGUCACACCGUCGACGAGCACCGUGGAGAAGCCGGCCAAUGGCGAGGCUAGCACAGCUGAAGCCAAUGGAUCCGCAGCCACAGCCACAGCCACCGCCGCGAGAAGUCUGGAAGACUCUCUGAAAGAGACAGGCAAACCCCACUACUGCUACUCCUGCGGCAUCGACUGCACACGUGUGCGCUACCACAACACGAAAUCUACGCCGUCCUCCACAACCGGCAAGACCGGCGCAUCCCUCAAGUUCGAUCUGUGUCCGUCUUGCUACAUGAACGGCCACUUCCCCGCAUCUGGCCAGGCGAGCGACUACACAAAGCUCGAGAACGAGAACUACAAGGCGGUGCCGGACCGUGAUGCGCCGUGGACAGAUGCGGAAACAUUGCUGUUGCUCGAGGGACUGGAGCUGUUCGACGAUGACUGGAACAGCGUAGCUGAUCACGUGGGGAGCAGGACGAGGGAGGAGUGCGUGAUGAAGUUCCUGCAACUAGAGAUUGAAGACAAGUACCUCGAGGGCGAGCCAGACACCUCCGCAGCCGUGAACGGCGUCGUGGCUGGGAACCUGGGCUACCUGAGCAACGGACGCAUCCCUUUCACCCAGGCAGACAACCCCGUCAUGUCCGUCAUGGGUUUCCUAGCUGGCUUGGCCGACCCGGCCGUCACGGCCGCCGCAGCAGGCAAGAGCGUGGAAGAGAUGAAGCGCGUCCUGCGGGAGAAGCUCGAGCGCGGCAGCCUCGGCGCCGACAAGGGCAAGGAGAAGGAAAAGGACACCUCGACCCAAGACAGCACAGCACCCGCCCAACCCGCACCCGUCAAAGAUGAGCCCUCAGCCAUGGACAUCGACGCCGCCUCCACCACCCAAACCGCACUAGCGACCACCACUCCCUCUACUACCACCAACAACAACGGCACAGCCAACCCCCUAACAACCCUCCCCCUCGCCCUAACCGCCGCGCGCGCCUCCGCCCUCGCAUCCCACACCGAGCGGCACCUCACCGCCCUCGUCUCCUCCGCCGUGAACAUCGAGCUGCAAAAACUCUCCCUCAAGCUCACGCAGUUCAGCGAACUCGAAUCUCUCCUGCAAGCCGAGCGCCAGGACCUCGAAGCCCGGCGUGAGCAGCUUUUCCUGGAUAGAUUGGCGUUUCAGAAGAGGAUCAGGGGUGUUGAAGGGGCAUUCGCGCGGGCG